UCCCACGCCGCGCGCUGUCCGGACUCUUUAAACGUCUUUUGGAUUAAUGGAGACGACCUGAACUUUCUCCGAGUUUGAAUGAAAAAAAAAGCUCGUUUUCACUGUGAAAAAAACAAAAACAAAAAAAAAAACAAAAACACGCAGACACACAUAUGAAAGCAGAAUCCACGUAUCGGACAAGUGUGAAGUUCUUCCGACUCAGAAAUCAUCCACCUCCGCUCAGGGUGUAAAAUAUGGAGAAUGGAGCAUGUAGGAUGGCUGAUGAUGUGGAGGCACUUUGGGAGAAGGUGGAGUGCAAACGUUAUGAACUGAGUCGCACCAUUGCCCCAGCAAAGCUCACGCCGUACCUCCGCCAGUGCAAAGCCCUGGAUGAACAGGACGAGGAUGAGAUUCUCAGCUCCAUGCUGCUGGCCUCAAAAGCAAACCGCACAAGCCGUUUACUUGACAUCCUGCACAGUAAAGGAGAGCGGGGUUAUGUGGCCUUUCUGGAAAGCCUGGAGUUGUACUACCCUGAGCUAUACAAGCUGGUCACAGGGAAGGACCCCACACGGCGCUUCUCCACCAUCGUCGUGGAGGAGGGUCACGAGGGUCUGACCCAGUUCCUGAUGACUGAAGUGAUGAAGCUGCAGCAGCAGUCAAAGGUCAAGACCCUGCAACAGGCUGAGCUCUGCAGGAAAAACUGCACCCUGGAAGAUGAGCAGAAGAAACUACGGCUGGCCAACCAGGAACUACAGGCUUUUCAACAGAGGUACAACAAACUGAGAGAAGAGCGAAACACCUACAGUGACGAGUUGUUGCGAGUGAAAGAUGAAAACUACAAACUGGCCAUGAGGUAUGCGUCACUGAGUGAGGAGAAGAACAUGGCUGUAAUGAGGAGCAGAGACCUGCAACUGGAGAUCGAUCAGCUGAAACACAGGCUGAACAAGGUGGAGGAAGAGUGUAACAUGGAGAGGAGGCAGAGUCUCAAGCUGAAGAAUGAUAUUGAGAAUCGACCAAAGAGAGAGCAGAUCUUUGAGUUGGAAAGAGAAAAUGAGAUGCUGAAGAUCAAACUUCAGGAGCUUCAGUCCAUCAUACAGCCCGGCCCCUUGCCUGAAUCAGACAAAGCCAUAUUGGACAUUUUGGAACAUGACAGACAGGAAGCGCUAGAGGACAGACAAGACCUGGUCAACCGCUUGUACAAUCUCCACGAAGAAGUCCGACAAGCAGAAGAGCUACGAGACAAGUACUUGGAGGAGAAGGAGGAUCUGGAGCUGAAGUGCUCCACACUACAAAAAGACUGUGAGAUGUAUCGCAACCGCAUGGACACCCUCAUGAUCCAGCUUGAAGAGGUGGAGAAGGAGCGGGACCAGGCGUUUCGAGCGAGAGAUGAGGCCCAGCACCAGUUCUCCCAGAGCCUAAUUGACAAAGACAAAUACCGCAAACAGAUCAGAGAGCUGGAGGAGAAGAGUGAUGAGCUCCAAAUCGAAAUUGCGCGCAAAGAAGCCAAGCUGUUGACCCUGGAGUCUCGCCUACAACGGCUAUCCAAGGACAAUUUUCUGGAUUCGAGUCUGCCGAGGGACCUGCCUCCAGCCAUCAUCUCUCCGGGAGAGGACUUUAAACCUCUCCAGGGCCAAUCAGAAUGGUCCAGCGAUGAGUCACCAGAGGAGAAGUGCCCACCUGAAAAACCCCGCCUUGUACGGAGACCAAACAUCAAACCAGCGAACAGAGUUAAGUCUCCAGUCUCUGUACCCAAAGAGAUGCCGGUUAAUUCAGAGCCCACUCAGCCUCCUGUGCAAUCCUCCAAUGGAGUAGACUCUUUACACGUUCAGAUGCCAAACUCAAACAGAACCAGCAACUCCCGCCCUCCGGUUUUGAGUGCCCUCAACUCCCUGAACUGUCCACUCACCUCCAACCCCCCACCCCCCUUCACCAUAUCAGAGCAGCCCAACAGGCCAAAUAUGCUGCGCUGCCGUAAUGACAGCAUCCUGUCCAUACUUCCUGAGCCACCAGAGAUAGGUUCACUGUACCGCCGAGAGAGGGAGAAGGAACAUGACUUCCACCCAUCCAGCCUUUUGGACUUUGACAGUGACUACAUGGAGAUGGAAUUUGAAGACGAGCAUGGCCCUCCGUCUGUCCAUUCAUCUUCUUCCUCCCAUCAGUCAGAAGGGAUGGACACUUAUGAUCUGGAGCAGGUCAAUAAUAUUUUCAGGAAGCUCUCUCUGGAGAGGCCCUUCCGCCCGUCCCUUUCGUCCUUUUCUAGGAUCAGCUCCUCCCUCAAACAAGUGCAGGUCCUGACUUUUUCAGGUGACAACUUGCUGAAGGACGUCACUCUGGUUGGCGGCAACGACAGUGGCAUUUUCAUCUCGUGUGUCCAGUCAGGCUCUGCAGCUGAGAAGGCGGGGCUACGAGAGGGACACCACCUCCUGUUGCUUGAGGGGUGUAUACGGGGAGAGAACCAAAGCAUUUCAGUGGACACCAGCACUCAAGAAGAAGCUCACUGGAUGCUGCAGCAUUGCUCUGGACCUAUCAGGCUGCACUACAGAGCCAACUUAGAUGCUUACCAUCAUCUUCAGAGGGAUGUAGCUGACGGAACAGUGGCUUCUGGUGACUCUUUCUACAUUCGUGUAAACCUCAAUAUCUCCGGCCAAUCAGACAGCUGCUCUCUGAGCGUGCGCUGUGAUGAGGUGGUGCACGUCCUGGACACCAGGCACCGGGGCCGAUCUGAGUGGUUGUGUGCACGCAUGGACUCCUACACCGGCUCUGACCUGGCUGAGCGUGGCACUAUACCCAGCAACUCACGGGCCCAGCAGCUGCUCCUGGUUAAGAUUCAGAAGUUAGUGUGUCGAGGGGGGAAAGACGACAGCAAAAACCAUGGCAGCACAAGGAACAAUUUAAUGGUCGAGGAGACGAGCCCUUCACCUGAUCCUAAAACCAGUCCACGCUUAUCGAGAGCCGGCAUCUUCCUCACACAGAUUCUACAGUUUGUCAGCAGGGUGGAUAUCAAGUACAAGCGGCUGAACAGCAGUGAACGUGUGCGCAUCGUCAACUCAGGCAGCUCUUUACCCAGACAAGGCUUGGAGACGCUUCGACCUGAAGAUGCUGUAGAUCCAGACAGUGAGCUGAGCAGGAGCCUGAUUCCCUACAGUCUCGUCACCCCCCAGCGCACACAAAGGAGGAGACCAGUCCUCUUCACUCCCACCGCUCUGGCCAAAACCAUCAUCCAGAAAAUACUUAACAUGGGGGGAGCCAUGGACUUUAAUAUCUGCAAACCUGACACCUUGUCCAAAGAGGAGUUCCAUCUGAGACAGAAUGUGGAGCCCUUCAUUCACUACACAGAAAAACACGCCACAUUUGAAUGCAUCACCAGAGAAAACAUUGAAGCUGUGGCUACUAAGGGCAAACACUGCCUGCUGGAGGCGGAGCUGAGCUGCGUCAAAGACCUGUUGAGGAGAGAAAUCUACCCGAUCAUCAUCUACAUCAAGAUCUGUGAGAAAAACAUCAAGAAGCUGCGGAAGCUGCCGCUGCGCGUGGAGUCAGAGGAGGAGUUUGUGAAGUUGUGCCGGGGCCAAAGAGAAGGAACUGGAAGCCAUUCCCUGCCUCUAUGCCAGCUUGGAGCCCGAGGCCUGGGCGGGAACAGAAGAUCUCAUCAAGGUCGUCAAAGACCGAAUCCUGGAGGAGCAGAAAGAAGACUGUGUGGGUUGGAGCAGGACCUCCUAAUUAUAAAAACCUCCUCUGCUCAUCUGCAGUACUUGGAGGAGAAGGAGGAUCUGGAGCUGAAGUGCUCCACACUACAAAAAGACUGUGAGAUGUAUCGCAACCGCAUGGACACCCUCAUGAUCCAGCUUGAAGAGGUGGAGAAGGAGCGGGACCAGGCGUUUCGAGCGAGAGAUGAGGCCCAGCACCAGUUCUCCCAGAGCCUAAUUGACAAAGACAAAUACCGCAAACAGAUCAGAGAGCUGGAGGAGAAGAGUGAUGAGCUCCAAAUCGAAAUUGCGCGCAAAGAAGCCAAGCUGUUGACCCUGGAGUCUCGCCUACAACGGCUAUCCAAGGACAAUUUUCUGGAUUCGAGUCUGCCGAGGGACCUGCCUCCAGCCAUCAUCUCUCCGGGAGAGGACUUUAAACCUCUCCAGGGCCAAUCAGAAUGGUCCAGCGAUGAGUCACCAGAGGAGAAGUGCCCACCUGAAAAACCCCGCCUUGUACGGAGACCAAACAUCAAACCAGCGAACAGAGUUAAGUCUCCAGUCUCUGUACCCAAAGAGAUGCCGGUUAAUUCAGAGCCCACUCAGCCUCCUGUGCAAUCCUCCAAUGGAGUAGACUCUUUACACGUUCAGAUGCCAAACUCAAACAGAACCAGCAACUCCCGCCCUCCGGUUUUGAGUGCCCUCAACUCCCUGAACUGUCCACUCACCUCCAACCCCCCACCCCCCUUCACCAUAUCAGAGCAGCCCAACAGGCCAAAUAUGCUGCGCUGCCGUAAUGACAGCAUCCUGUCCAUACUUCCUGAGCCACCAGAGAUAGGUUCACUGUACCGCCGAGAGAGGGAGAAGGAACAUGACUUCCACCCAUCCAGCCUUUUGGACUUUGACAGUGACUACAUGGAGAUGGAAUUUGAAGACGAGCAUGGCCCUCCGUCUGUCCAUUCAUCUUCUUCCUCCCAUCAGUCAGAAGGGAUGGACACUUAUGAUCUGGAGCAGGUCAAUAAUAUUUUCAGGAAGCUCUCUCUGGAGAGGCCCUUCCGCCCGUCCCUUUCGUCCUUUUCUAGGAUCAGCUCCUCCCUCAAACAAGUGCAGGUCCUGACUUUUUCAGGUGACAACUUGCUGAAGGACGUCACUCUGGUUGGCGGCAACGACAGUGGCAUUUUCAUCUCGUGUGUCCAGUCAGGCUCUGCAGCUGAGAAGGCGGGGCUACGAGAGGGACACCACCUCCUGUUGCUUGAGGGGUGUAUACGGGGAGAGAACCAAAGCAUUUCAGUGGACACCAGCACUCAAGAAGAAGCUCACUGGAUGCUGCAGCAUUGCUCUGGACCUAUCAGGCUGCACUACAGAGCCAACUUAGAUGCUUACCAUCAUCUUCAGAGGGAUGUAGCUGACGGAACAGUGGCUUCUGGUGACUCUUUCUACAUUCGUGUAAACCUCAAUAUCUCCGGCCAAUCAGACAGCUGCUCUCUGAGCGUGCGCUGUGAUGAGGUGGUGCACGUCCUGGACACCAGGCACCGGGGCCGAUCUGAGUGGUUGUGUGCACGCAUGGACUCCUACACCGGCUCUGACCUGGCUGAGCGUGGCACUAUACCCAGCAACUCACGGGCCCAGCAGCUGCUCCUGGUUAAGAUUCAGAAGUUAGUGUGUCGAGGGGGGAAAGACGACAGCAAAAACCAUGGCAGCACAAGGAACAAUUUAAUGGUCGAGGAGACGAGCCCUUCACCUGAUCCUAAAACCAGUCCACGCUUAUCGAGAGCCGGCAUCUUCCUCACACAGAUUCUACAGUUUGUCAGCAGGGUGGAUAUCAAGUACAAGCGGCUGAACAGCAGUGAACGUGUGCGCAUCGUCAACUCAGGCAGCUCUUUACCCAGACAAGGCUUGGAGACGCUUCGACCUGAAGAUGCUGUAGAUCCAGACAGUGAGCUGAGCAGGAGCCUGAUUCCCUACAGUCUCGUCACCCCCCAGCGCACACAAAGGAGGAGACCAGUCCUCUUCACUCCCACCGCUCUGGCCAAAACCAUCAUCCAGAAAAUACUUAACAUGGGGGGAGCCAUGGACUUUAAUAUCUGCAAACCUGACACCUUGUCCAAAGAGGAGUUCCAUCUGAGACAGAAUGUGGAGCCCUUCAUUCACUACACAGAAAAACACGCCACAUUUGAAUGCAUCACCAGAGAAAACAUUGAAGCUGUGGCUACUAAGGGCAAACACUGCCUGCUGGAGGCGGAGCUGAGCUGCGUCAAAGACCUGUUGAGGAGAGAAAUCUACCCGAUCAUCAUCUACAUCAAGAUCUGUGAGAAAAACAUCAAGAAGCUGCGGAAGCUGCCGCUGCGCGUGGAGUCAGAGGAGGAGUUUGUGAAGUUGUGCCGGGCCAAAGAGAAGGAACUGGAAGCCAUUCCCUGCCUCUAUGCCAGCUUGGAGCCCGAGGCCUGGGCGGGAACAGAAGAUCUCAUCAAGGUCGUCAAAGACCGAAUCCUGGAGGAGCAGAAGAAGACUGUGUGGGUGGAGCAGGACCUCCUGUAGACCGGCAUGCUGCAGCAGUCUGUGCUUGAACCAAAACAAGUGCAUGCACAUCUAGAAAAACACAGAAUAACUAAGUACUAUGUGCUCCCCCUACAUUUAUGAUCAGAGAACACAUACAUGUAGAUACAAUAUGAUAAAUGUCUUUUCUAUAUUUAAUGUAAAUGUGCACCUUUUCUUGAAUUUAGAGAAAUAAACAGUCUUGAUGCCUACAAA